AUGGCCGCCAGUAGAAGGAAAAUUGUGAAAGACGGCUGGGGUAGCCGCGUCAAUUUCCAGGCUUCUUAUGGAUUAGGUAUGACGCGUGAGGAUCUUGCGGAAGGAAAUGAGAUCUUGGAUGCAAUGCAGAGAGCCGACACGGGUAAUUCGGGGGAGAAUGAUGUUGAUAAAGAGGCUGAAAGUGAAUGGGUUAAGAGGAACAGGGAAAGGUACGAAGCUGGAGGGCGUAGUGAACUGAAAGAGGCUGUUGCCCGGCAGUUGGCGGAGGAGUAUAGGUUUACGCCAACUGGUGAUCCGGAGAUGGAUCUGAUGAUUGCGAUUGGGUUGAGGGAUAUGCAAGAUGAUGCUGAAUUUAGCCGUAUGUUUGAAUCGGGAGCAAGUAAUUCGGGUAACCUGGGAGGCCGAGGAUCAUCGGCGGGGGAAGUUGGGGCGACGAAGUCGAAGCGGCAACUGAAGAGGGAGAGACAGCGGGAGAGACAGCGGGAGAGUGCGAGGAAGCAUAUGCAUAACCAGGAGAUCGCGAUCGACCUCGCCCCCAGAUCCUCCUUACCGCCGCCGCCACGUCCCGCCGCCACGCCGUACCCGUUGUCCGCCAGGGACCGCAAGGAGGAAGAAGAAGAAGAAGAAGAAGAAGAAGAAGAGAGCCGCCAGCUCGCCAACAAGAAGAACUUUGACGUCACCAGAAGGAACCAGGAAAUCGUCGACGGUCUACUCGCGCUCCCCGAGCUCGCUGGGGUAAAACCCCGCAAGCUCCUCGCCACCAUCACCGACCGUCUCCGAAGCGCCGAGCCCGUCAGGUCCUGGCCCGCCUGGUUGCCGCACGGCUUCACCAAGGAGAAUUUCCUCAAACUCUCGGACCGCGUCUGCCCCGUUCCGGUACCGACGCCACUCGACCCGUCACGCACCUUGAUUGACUGUGAACUUCUGGGGGUUACCACCUUUCAGAGGUGCCAGGCAAUCCUGUGUUGCUGUAGGCGACCGCUGCGCCGUUCCGUCCCUCCAGCACUUUCACGUUUCGUACCCUCGCCACCCCGCCGGAAGCUCAUUAAUUGCUGCCUCCUUGGGGAAACGGACAUUUACCAGUGCGAGCAAAUCCUGUGUGGCUGCAAAAGACCGCUGCGUAUGGAUUGUGGCUGUAACUGGACUCACCCGCAGGGAGAUUGCCCCUUAUACAGGGUCAACUCUCAGAGUGAUACUAAAGAAGAAGAAGAAGAAGAAGAAGAAGAGUGGCAGUCUAUGUCCACCGAGUCCUCCCGAACUACCCCCAGCUCCCCGGUGUCCAGUCAGGACCCCCGUGACGACGUCCCGGACCACAUUACCCCGACGCCUGAAACACAAGCCAUCUUACGACAGGCUUUAAUCAACGCGGGUUUCAUACCGGUAGCACCAGUCCCCACGGAAAGGAUCUGCGAUCGGUGCAACACCAAGUGCGCACCCCACGCCAUGGCAGUACACAAAGGAAUUAAGCCAAUCUCCUUCGGUUUCCGAUUAGUGUCGGAUUUUGAGUCAGACCUCAAGUUGGAGUCUGAGAAGGAGCUUGAGCCGGAUGAUUUGCAGUUACAUUCUCCUUCAGCGGGUACUGUAACUGGGACUCCUUUCAGCACGCACAUCGACAUGAUAGAACUGUUUAAGACUAGAAGAUUUUCGGGUUCUGAACUGAGGGGAGGAGGGCUCCAUUCAAAUGUGAUUGGUUGUAGCUCCUAA